GGCCCACGCACGUGCACGCGUCCCUUUAGCCCUUGUAUGAGUGCCCGCCCUGUGCGCGUGCUCGUGACUAAUUCAUUGUAUGUGGUAGGAGAAGAGGCUGGCGCAGAACUGCUGGAAAACGACGGACAGAAACUUAACCUUCAAACAUGGCAGCGAUUCGUAAGAAGCUGGUGAUCGUUGGUGAUGGAGCAUGCGGUAAAACUUGUUUGCUGAUCGUCUUCAGUAAAGACCAAUUUCCUGAAGUCUAUGUCCCCACCGUAUUUGAGAACUAUGUAGCAGACAUUGAAGUGGAUAGCAAACAGGUGGAGCUCGCUCUUUGGGAUACCGCAGGGCAAGAGGACUAUGACAGGCUCCGCCCACUUUCCUACCCUGAUACUGAUGUCAUUCUCAUGUGCUUCUCUAUUGACAGUCCAGACAGUUUAGAAAACAUUCCAGAAAAGUGGACACCUGAGGUCAAACACUUCUGCCCAAAUGUACCCAUCAUCCUCGUGGGCAACAAAAAGGAUUUACGAAAUGAUGAGCACACACGCAGAGAGCUGGCCAAGAUGAAACAGGAGCCAGUCAAAGCUGAGGAAGGACGGGACAUGGCUAAUCGGAUUGGCGCUUUUGGCUACAUGGAAUGCUCUGCGAAGACAAAGGAUGGUGUGCGGGAGGUGUUUGAAAUGGCCACCAGGGCAGCGCUGCAGGCACGCAGGGGCAAAAAGAACAGCAAAUGCCUUCUACUCUGAACACGCAGCACUGGACUCAAACCCCAAGUAGGGGUGCAAAAUGUGUGUAGAUGCACACUCAUUCCUCAAACUCGCCAAAUGUUUUGGAAGAAAGAGUAACUGCUCAGAAAAUAGUUUUUGUUAAUUUUAUUUUUGAUUCUUCAGUUAGUCAUGGAGUCGUGUUUUAUCAGUAUUUAAGAAAUUGCAAAGGACUUGGACUUUUGCCUGUUUUGUUUAUUUUUUGAGGUUUUACCUGAGUUUUGUGAUAUUAUUAAAGCCACACCCACCUGCCAGAUGCUGUCAUGUGACUCAAGCCUGCCAAUCAAGUGCUCAUCACAAUUGCUGGGAUUUUUUUUUAUUCCCCCAUGAAACAGGGCUGAAAAGUGAACAUGAUUUGUAAUGUGUGUGUGUCAUUUUUAUGGUUUGCUUUAGUUUAGGAAUAUAAACACCACCAACUUUCUUUGGAAGCAAAAAAAGACGGGGUGGGGGUUAGAUAUGUAUACAUGUACAUAUGUAACACGUGUGUGGAUGCACACGGUCAUGACUGGAAGUCCAUUUGUAAACUAGACUUGGUAAUCUUAUGUAAUAAAAGACUUUCUAUAAGGAAUAA